CGGUGACACGAACCGGAUCUGAUUCCGCUCGCGGCCACCGACGGCACCGGGCGCGUCUGGUCGGGCCUGCGGCUGCCACCGCCACCGCCGCCACUGUCACCGCCACUGUCACCGCCACUGUCACCGCCACCGCCGCCAUGGCGCUCAGCGAUGCCGACGUGCAGAAGCAGAUCAAGCACAUGAUGGCUUUCAUCGAGCAGGAAGCCAAUGAAAAGGCUGAAGAAAUAGAUGCAAAGGCAGAAGAAGAAUUCAACAUUGAGAAGGGUCGCCUUGUUCAGACACAGAGGCUGAAAAUCAUGGAGUAUUAUGAAAAGAAGGAGAAGCAAAUUGAACAGCAAAAGAAAAUUCAAAUGUCCAACCUGAUGAAUCAAGCAAGGCUGAAGGUGCUCAAGGCGAGGGAUGACCUUAUUGCAGAUUUGCUGAAUGAGGCCAAGCAGAGACUUGCCAAGGUGGUGAAGGAUAGUGCCAGGUACCAGACACUGCUGGAUGGACUAGUUCUACAGGGAUUCUACCAGCUGCUUGAGCCCAAAUUAGUUGUUCGGUGCAGGAAGCAGGAUCUCCCCAUGGUUAAGACUGCUGUACAGAAGAGCAUUCCCAUCUACAAAAAUGCCAUUAAAAGGGAUGUGGAUGUUCAUAUUGACCAGGACAGCUUCCUGCCAGAAGAUAUUGCUGGGGGUGUUGAAAUCUACAACAGUGAUGGUAAAAUUAAAGUUUCCAAUACCCUGGAAAGUCGACUGGACCUUGUAGCCCAGCAGAUGAUGCCAGAAAUCAGAGUGGCUCUCUUUGGUGCUAAUGCCAACAGGAAGUUUUUGGACUAAACCUCUAUGAGAGAAGGUGGGAUCUGUUCCACUGCCAUACUGAAGGGGAUGCAAAAGCAUCUGCUAAUUUAAAAUCUUGAAAUUUAACAUUACUGUGUCAUCCAGUAUCUGUUCUUCAAUCGAAUAAUUUUGCAUACCUGCUGUGCUUAGCCUUUCUACUUGUGGUUAGAAUGCAUUGCUCAAAGGAUGUGAAGACAUACAUAUUCAUCCAGAAGUGGCACUAGAAAUGGAGGCACUUGGGCUCCUGGCUUUCCUUACACUCUUGUGACUUUAUAAAGACAAGGGGUCCAUUUAGGGUCACUCUCAUGCUCUGGCCACAUCUCUCUCAAGUUGUCUGAUCUGUGAAGUAAAUUACUAUGCUGCUGAUGGCAAAUCCCCUUUCAGUUAUGGUCUUCAGUGUUAGAGAGGGCAUGUAUUCCUUCCCAGGGUUAGCAGUUAAAUUCAUGUUACUUGGUCAGGCAUUUCCUGUUCUGUAUAUGUGAUUAAAAAAAAAAAGCCUGAGCUUGUAAAACUCUAUUUAUUAAAAUAAAAAUGCGUGUGUGUAUGGA